GCCAUAUCGCCGCAAUCCACGAAAAGCACACGAAAUAUACGGUACUUUCUCCUGGGCCGUUCGAUAACCCGCCACAUCAUCGAUCCGAGGCAUUUCGAAAUCCAACGGUCAAGAUCUAUCCCCCCGCAUUGCUACUCCGAAGAACGAAGAAGUUGCUCUCUACUCUCCUCUGUCUUUCUCCAAAAAAAGCCCCAGAUUCGAAUUUCGAAUUCUGCAUAAGAAUUCCCCGAAUUUCCUCUGAGAUUAUCAAGUUGAGAAAAAAUGGCCAAAGAGGAAGCCCUAAAGAGAGAAGAGGAAGAAGUUAAGGAGGCCGGAGUCGGACCCGAGAAGAAGGUCGAGGAUGAUAGCUCUGGAGAUGAAGAAGGUGACGUUUAUGAUGAAGAGCUGGGAAAAGCCAAGUCAAGCACCGUAGACAACGACGGAGAGGAUGUAGAGAGUGGGGACGAAGACGGUGACGAGGACGAUGACGUCGAUGACGAGGAUGAGGAAGAAGAGGAUGGAGAUAGCGGAGAAGAGGAGGAACCGGGAAUACAGGCCCUUCUCAAGCCACCUGAGGAAUUGGAGAAUGAAGAUAGUGACAGUGAUUUUGAACUUCAAGAGAAUUCCUUGGAAGAAGAAGAAGAAGAGGUGGAGGAAGAAGAGGAUGAUGAAGAAGAUGAACCUGGAUCUGGUGGAAAGGUUGAGGCCCCGCCAAAGAGGAAAAGACCAGCCAAAGAUGAUGAAGAAGAGGAAGAUUAUGGAGGAGAAGCUGAAAAAGUUCCAACAAAGAGAAAUAGAUCUGGAGAAGGGGCACUGGAUGGGAAGGUGAAGGAGGCAGCAAAGGGGAAAAUGCCAAGCAAUGUUCCCAAAGUUUGAUUAAUAGUGAUGGGGAAAGAUUGUUUCUUUAGGCUGUUGUUCUGUAGAAUGUGUUUUUGCUUCAUAAUUUCCAAACUGCUACCAUCAAAUGGUGUUAUGAGGCCUUGCCUUUUCUGUCCUGUAGUUCCUUCAAAGUUUGUCAAAGUAUGACAAUAUAUUGCCCAUUUUCUAGUUCAAUAAUGAUUCUUCUGUUUUUUCCCUUUUAUUGCAACACAAUCAAGCUGUCCAAAUCUACUGAUAUUGCCAACCCCGGUGAAGAAGGCAUGAGCAACUGUUCCAUGAAAAUUUGCCAUGUUCUAUCGGUCAUAAAUAAUUAUGUGUACGUAUUGGCUAUAUUAUGUACACAAUGACUUGUAUUUUGUGCACAAUCUAUCGUUCAUAAAUAAUUAUGCCUUGACACAAACAA